CCAUGGAUGACCACCAACUCCAACAACAGCAGCGAAACGACAACUCAAACCCCAAUGGCAAGACGUACUAUGAGAGUCAGAGGGAGAUGCUCGUCACUGAGAUAGCGCAGUCUCUGGAGCACGUUCUAGUCAACAUCAACCGCCUAAACCGCUCCAUGGAAGAACUGAUCCAAGUCGGCAACGAAUUCGCACCCGUCGAGAGCCUGUGGAGCCACUUUGAAUCCGUCAUGGGGAAUACGAACACGGCUGCUAAUAAUCAGUCUACGGCUUCGCCUCAACAUCAGAACCAGGAGGGUGGUGACAAGAAGAAAAAAGAUGCGGGGAGUGAGGCGGGUGGAGAGGGCGAGGGCGACACUACAGGGGUGGGUGCUGAGGAGGAAGGGGAGGGAGAUGAGAGUAUGUAUUGAUGUGCGUGUGUUGAAGGACCUGUGCAAGGCAAAUUGGGGGGCUAUUAUGUUCCUGCUCUAUAUUCACGGGUUGUCAUGCAGAUGGUUGCGACCGGUCAUGUAUAUUGAUCGGUCGUGGUUCAUGAACCUACAUGUACACAUGUACAUGGCGCGAGGCAACGCCGAAGGGUUUUCCCUUCUU